CCAAUACCAAAAUUAUGAUUCUUUCUUGUCUUAUUUACAAAUGCUUGCAAACAGCAUGCAGAAAUGAAAAUCUUAAAUAUAGUAUAAAGCCUCUUCUUCUGCAACAACAGCAACUCAAAGGCUAUAUUGAAACAGCUGAUAAGCAUUUUUAAAUGAACAGCAUAUUGAAACAUUGAGAAAUAGCUGAUAGACCAUCCACAGCUGAUUCCAAUCUCAAUUGGAAACAUAGUCAGGUGUUGAAGUUCUUUCAAUUACAUGGACAUAAUAAGUAAAAAGGGGACUUUUUGGAUUGGUUUUGUUCAGUGUGGAUACAGAACAACACAGAGGAGCAGAGAGAGAAAAAUUAAUGUCUGGACAAGGGAGACAAAUAGUUGGACCAACAAGAGCGAUAGCUGGACCAGAGAGGAGUAUCUGGACCGGGGAGAGGAGUAGUAGACCAGGACAUGGGAGAAGGAAAGGUAGGGCGAGUGGAGUAAGAACGCAUGGUGGUUCAAAGGAGAGUAAGAGCUGUUGUCACUGAUAAAACAAGAGCUACCAUCAUAGACCAUGUGAUAAACCAAGGUCUAUCACUGAGAGAGGCUGGUGAAAGAGUCCAGCCUAAUCUCUGUCGGUCAGCCGUGGCUUCCAUUAUCUGGAAUUUUCAACAAACCAACAGGACGCAACGUCUUCCUACCUCUGGGAGAAGAGGAAAGCUCCUCAGUGAAGACCAAGAGCAUGCCAUUGUAGGAUUGGUCAUUGCUGACAAUGUAAUAAAACUGAGAGAAAUUCAGACCAGAAUUGUAGAGGACAACCUGGUAUUUCACAACGUGGAAAGCAUCAGCCUGACUACCAUUGCUCGGACUCUGACCAAACACAGAGUUCAAAUGAAACAGUUGUCCAUAGUUCCUUUUGAAAGGAACAGCGAGCGGGUCAAGGAACUGCGGCACCAAUACAUCCAGAGAGUCAUGGAGGUGGAAGCUAAUCAGAGCCCACAUGAAAUCAUUUAUGUAGAAGAGGCUGGGUUUAACCUGGCAAAAACAUGUUGGCGGGGAAGAAACGUCAUCGGGAAAAGGGCCACCGUUGAUGUGCCGGGUCAGAGAGGAGAAAAAUAUCAGUGUGUGCUGCAAUUUCGAGUGCUGGUUUGGUCCUGCAGAAAUGCCAGAUUGGUCUCUACAACACUGAGUGCCUUCUUUUGUCUUCAGAUGACCUCCACCAACAACUGGUGCCAGAAACAGAAAGGGAACAGGUGGGAGCAAACAUGAGGACAUUUGUGAUUGCAUGGCACAAUGCAGAAUUCCACCAUUCACAUGCAAUCACAAACUGGUUUGCUGCCCAUCCAGGAAUGGUUUCCCUUUUCCUCCCCCCUCACUCGCCUUUCCUCAGCCCCAUUGAGGAAUAUUUUUUUCUGCCUGGAGGUGGAAAGUGUAUGAUCAUCCAAUGGAUGCUGGCUGCAGAGACACAGCAAUUCUGUCACUUGCUUUUUUUUUUUUUCCUACGGUACAUUCUAUAAAGUAAAGCUGACUCAUUCACUUUUAGAUAGUACAGUAUGUUGGCAAAAAUGCACACAUUCAACACUCAACCGAAAAAUGUAGAGUGGUUUACAAUAAAAGGAAACUGAAUUCUUAAAAAAAAUAAUGGAUUUCAUAUUUUCUAUUGUAUGCAGGUAGAACUGAAACAUGAAAAGUAAUGCAGUUUUUGUAACGCCAACUAUUUUGAAAGUCAUGCUAUGAUUGACUCUAUGCUCCUCUUGGAUAGAAAACGUCCUAGUGUAUUGCAAGAAUGAUAUGAUAUAGAGUCAGGUUCGCCGUGUUUUGAUAGAGUUAAUGUAUGUAAAGUGUUUUUGUAUUUGAGAAGAAAAUUAACAAUUUGGCUAAUUGUGUGAUGUAGGUGUGUUGCUGUGUUAAGAGUUUAGAAAGGAUCUUAAGUAUAGGUAAACGCUUGUUAGCAAUUGUAAAAAACUGUAAUAUCUAUGACCUGCUGGAGACAUCAAAAUAUCACCACCUGCUGGCAGUAAAUAAAAAUUGCCUUUAGGCCCAUGUUCUGUAGAUCCUACUAUACUUAAGUAUGUUUGUUAUGUACACACAGUUGUGGAGAGUAACUAAGUACAUUUACUCAUUUGGUGUACUUUUUGGGGAACUUGCACUUUACAUGAAUAUUUCAAAUCUAUGCUACUUAAAAUAUUGUACUUUUUAUUCCACUAUAUUCAUCUGAGAGCUUUUCAGAACAAGAUUAUUUUUAAAAAACACCAACAUAUAAUAAGCCUUCAAAGUAUAAUCCAAUGUUAUAGAUUAAACUAGUGGUCCCAAACCUUUUUGGCUAGUUGGGGCUCCUUGUCACGUUUCAGAUGUCUAUGUUGUUAGCAGUUCGAAUAAAGAGACGCUUCCCCUCAAAACAUCUCAGAUGGUUUGAUUUGAAUGAGAACUGUUAAAAUAUACUCAAACUGUAAAGAGGUCAAAUUAUCCAAUAUUUUUGCAAAAAGAUUAGAUUCUUCUUUCCUCUCCCAUUAAUCACCUCACGACCCCUCAGAUUUAUCUGGUAACCUUUUGGAAGGGCCCGACACCUAGGUUGGGAACCACUGGACUAAACUAGCUAACUGUAUAUAAAGUAGUUAAAACCUCGACCAGCUACAACAGUAAAAUGCUGCUUACACAUUAAUGCAGUCACAAU